UAAUGAUGCCCCUGCUGCUUCUGUUGUUCAGCUAGCGGUAAUAGACACGGCAUCAGUGACAUUAAGAAUGUAACACUAUCAUUUUAUAUUUUUAAUCACUAAAAAAAAGCUUUAAUUGGUGUGUUAAUUGUUGUUUUUUGGAGGGCGCAUGCGCGCGGCUUAUCGCUUCAGUGAGCCAGCGCAUCCUCACAUUUAACGCUAGCAUCGCCCUCUAGCACAGCCUGUCAGUACAAGUCAGUUAAAGGAAACAUGGAUUUGGUCAAAAACAGAACUUUGCACCCACAUCUCCGCGACGACGAGGCUCUGGUGGUGGAAAACGCCAUCCGGCUGGCCAUAGACUCUGUGAUAAACGUUUUGUACGGCGUAAACAGCUCCAAGAAUUACGAGUAUGAGCGGAUGGUGGCCGACAGGGACAAAGAGAUCCAGCGCCUGGAGUGCAGACUGACAGAGAUGGAGCACGAACUGCAGGUGCUGCGCCGGCAGGGAUGCACUUGCGGGCUGUUCAAGAACGAGCACAGCCUCGGCAGGUCCCGGAGCUCCGGUGACCGGCAGAAGGGAGAUCAGAGCGACUGUGAUCCGGGAUGCGUUGACACCGAGCUGACAGCGGAGCAGCAGGACUGUGAGACGAGUUUAUCGUUGGGUUUUUUCACAAGACCCCCCUCACACGUUUCCUCCCACAGCCAGGAGUCAGCUCUUCCAUCUUCCCCCAGCAGAAUGGUCCUGGAGCACAGCUGCACCUCCCGCUCCUCCGAGGUUUCGGGUGUAACAGAGUCAGCCAGAAAUAUGCCGACAUCUCCCAGCAGCCUCGUGGUCAAACAAGAGCCAUGUGACGUCGACACGGUCUUAAUCAAGUGGGAGAUGAAUGAACAUCAGCAGAGCACGGGCAGUCCGUGUCAGGACAAAGAGAGUCUCAGUGUAAAAAAAAAAAUGGAGACCGGAGAAGGAAGGACGUUCAGGGAGAAACCACAGGCAGACCCGGGCGGAGCUGCAAUGACUGAGGCAGAGCACAUGAGGAACAAGAAGAAGAGCGUGCCAAUGUCGGACCUGCCAGAGGAAGCUCAGAGACUGAAGAGGGCAGCCUGGAGAGCAGCUUCCAGACGAUAUUAUGCUCGAAAGAUAGCUCGCCAGCAGGCAAACCCAUCACGAUCCAGCCCCUUCCCCCACAUCGCAAACUCUCAGUAUUCACAGCCCAGCUCUUUUGUGGAUAAGAGGAGGAGGACACUGAUAUCGGAGCUACCCGAAGAGUCUCAGACGCUGCAAAGGGAAGCUUGGAGAGCCGCAUCCAGGAGGUACUACGCUAGAAAAAUCGCUCGGCACCAGACGGAGACGACACAGUACAGAAACCUGCUGGAGAACAUAAACCCAUCUGGAGACACGCAGGCACCCAACAGGGAAGGACCUCACAUGAACACUGGAGGAAUAAUGUGCAGCUGAUAGACAGCAGUUUUACAUUUUAGAUGUUUCUGUUCAGCAGAUUGGAGGGUCCCUUUUACCGCGGUGUGAAGAAUAAUGAAAUCUGACUGUUUGUGUUUUGGUGGCUUUGAAUUAAUGAUGGGAAUUGUCUCAGGUCUGAAUAACAUGAACCUGGUGUUUCAAAUGA